CCUCUCCCCGACUUCGCCCCGCCCCAGGCGGGGCUGGGAAGGCGGCCGAUCCGGUUUGUCUAGAGCGGAUCUUGUAUCGGGGUUGGGGAAGGGAAUGUGGGGUGCCGGGUAGGUUGCGGCAGCUGCGGCGGCAUGGUGGGUACGGAGAAGGAGCAGAGUUGGAUCCCCAAGAUCUUCAAGAGGAAGACAUGUACGACGUUCAUCGUCGACACCACAGAUCCGGGAGGGACCUUGUGCCAGUGUGGGCGUCCCCGGAGUGCCCACCUGUCAGUGGCUGUGGAGGAUGCGUUCGGGGCAGCCGUGGUGACUGUUUGGGACAGUGACUUGCACACCACGGAGAAGCCCACUGAUGCCUUCGGGGACCUGGACUUCUUGGGCUCUGGCCGCAAGGCCAGCAAUUUCCUCCGGCUCUCCGACCGCACGGAUCCAGCUACCGUGUAUAAUCUGGUCACGCGCACGUGGGGCUUCCGAGCCCCGAACCUGGUGGUGUCAGUGUUGGGGGGGUCGGGGGGCCCCAUCCUCCAGACCUGGCUGCAGGACCUGCUGCGAAGCGGGCUGGUGCGGGCUGCCCAGAGCACAGGGGCCUGGAUUGUCACUGGGGGGCUGCACGCAGGCAUUGGCCGACACGUUGGUGUAGCUGUGAGGGACCACCAGACGGCCAGCACUGGGGGCACCAAGGUGGUGGCCAUGGGCGUGGCCCCCUGGGGUGUCGUGCAGAAUAGAGAGGCCCUCACCAACCCCAAGGGCUCGUUCCCGGCCAGUUACCCGUGGCGUGGGGACCCCGAGGACCGCGUCCAGUUUCCGCUCGACUAUAACUACUCAGCCUUCUUCUUGGUGGACGACGGCACACACGGCCGCCUGGGCGGCGAGACCCGCUUCCGCCUGCGCUUCGAGUCCUACAUCGCCCAGCAGAAGACAGGUGUGGGAGGGACCGGCAUUGACAUCCCUGUCCUCCUCCUCCUGAUUGAUGGUGAUGAGAAGAUGCUGAAGCGGAUAGAGAAUGCCACCCAGGCUCAGCUCCCCUGCCUGCUGGUGGCCGGAUCUGGGGGAGCUGCGGACUGCCUGGCGGAGAUCCUGGAAGACACUCUGGCUCCAGGGAAUGGAGGGGGCAGACGAGGUGACGCCCGAGAUCGGAUUAGGCGUUUCUUUCCCACAGGGGACCCUGAGGUCCUGCAGGCCCAGGUGGAGAGGAUCAUGACCCGGAAGGAGCUGCUGACAGUCUAUUCAUCUGAGGAUGGGCCUGAGGAAUUUGAGACCAUCGUUUUGAGGGCUCUCGUCAAGGCCUGCGGGAGCUCUGACGCCUCAGCUUACCUGGACGAGCUGCGUUUGGCUGUGGCUUGGAACCGAGUGGACAUUGCCCAGAGUGAACUCUUCCGGGGUGACAUCCAGUGGCGGUCGGUGCACCUGGAGGCCUCCCUCAUGGAUGCCCUCCUGAACGACCGGCCCGAGUUCGUCCGCCUGCUCAUCUCCCAUGGCCUCAGCCUGGGCCACUUCCUGACCCCGAUGCGCCUGGCACAACUCUAUAGCGCAGCGCCCUCCAACUCGCUCCUCCGCAGCCUUCUGGACCAGGCGUCCCAUGGCGCGGGGACCAAAACCCCAGGCCUUAAACCCUCUGUGGAGCCCCGACUCCCUGACGUGGGGCACGUGCUUCGGAUGUUGCUGGGGGAAAUGUGCGCGCCGAAGUACCACUCCUGGGCCUCCGAGGAUCCCCGCCACGACCAUGGCUGCAAGGAGAGUCACCAGGGCCACAAGGAGAGCACGCAGCUGCUCUCGGUCAGGGCCGCCUCGGAUCUCGCGCUGGACGCCGUCCUUGGGCAGACUCCCUGGAGUGACCUGUUCCUCUGGGCACUGCUACUGAACAGGGCUCAGAUGGCUUUGUACUUCUGGGAGUUAGGAUCCAAUGCUGUGGCCUCAGCUCUUGGGGCCUGUUUGCUGCUCCGAGUGCUGGCGCGCCUGGAGUCUGAGGCCGAGGAGGGAGCGCGGAGGAAGGACCUGGCGGCCAAGUUUGAGGGGCUGGGUGUUGGCCCCUCAUCUCUCCCCUCGCACCACCUCUCUACUCGCUUCUCUACCUCUGACAUAAAUCCCCUGCCCCCCCCAGACCUCUUUGGCGAAUGCUACCGCAGCUGCGAGGAACGGGCUGCUCGCCUGCUCCUCCGACGCUGUCCAUUCUGGGGGGGUGCUACCUGCCUCCAGCUUGCCAUGCAGGCCGAUGCCCGUGCCUUCUUUGCCCAGGAUGGGGUACAGUCUCUGCUGACUCAGAAGUGGUGGGGGGAGAUGGACAGCACCACGCCCAUCGGGGCCCUGGUUCUCGCCUUCUUUUGCCCGCCACUCAUCUACACCAACCUCAUCACCUUCAGGAAGUCAGAUGAGGAGCCCACACAGAAGGACCUGGCAUUCGACACGGAUAGGGGCCUCAAUGGGGAAGGACCGGUCAGGCUGACUCCGGGCCUGUAUGACCUGGGCCGCACGGUCCUCUGCCUCGAUUUCAUGGUCUUCACGCUGCGCCUGCUGCACAUCUUCACGGUCAACAAACAGCUGGGGCCCAAGAUCGUCAUCGUGAACAAGAUGAUGAAGGACGUGUUCUUCUUCCUCUUCUUCCUCGGCGUGUGGCUGGUUGCCUACGGGGUUGCUACGGAGGGGCUCCUCAGGCCCCAGGAUCAGGACCUGCCGAAAAUCCUGCGACGUGUCUUCUACCGGCCCUACCUGCAGAUCUUCGGGCAGAUCCCGCAGGAGGACAUGGACGUGGCCCUCAUGGAACAUGUCAACUGCUCGGCGAAACAGGGCUUCUGGGCGCGCCCAUCCGGGGCCCAGGCGGGCGCCUGCGUCUCGCUCUAUGCCAACUGGCUGGUGGUGCUCCUCCUCGUCAUCUUCCUGCUCGUGGCCAACAUCGUGCUAGUCAAUUUGCUCAUUGCCAUGUUCAGCUACACCUUUGGCAAAGUACAGGGCAACAGCGACCUCUAUUGGAAGGCGCAGCGCUACAGCCUCAUCCGGGAAUUUCACUCUCGGCCUGCGCUGGCCCCGCCCCUCAUCAUCAUCUCGCACGUGCGCCUCCUCCUCCGGCGAUUUCGCAGGCACAGGGCCAGCUUGCCGUCCUCCCCGGACCUUCAGCAUUUUCGGGUCCACCUCCCUAAGGAAGCCGAGAGGAGUCUGUUGACCUGGGAGUCGGUGCAGAAGGAGAAUUUCCUGCUGGCGCGCGUGAGGGACAAGCGGGAAAGCGACUCGGAGCGUCUGAAGCGCACGUCGCAGAAGGUGGACACGGCGUUGAAGCAGCUGAGACAGAUCCGCGAAUACGAGCAGCGUCUGAAAGGGCUGGAGCAGGAGGUCCAUCACUGUAGCCGCGUCCUGGGCUGGGUGGCCGAGGCCCUGAGCCGCUCUCCGUUGCUUCCCCCGGGGGGGCCUUCGCCCCCAACCCCUCCUGGGCCCAGAGACUGAGUCUUGUCGGUGGACUUCAGAUGCCCACAUGGGGAGUUCUGCUCCCAGAAUAAGGCCUAGCUCGUCCUGAACCCCCUGCACCUGGUGGCCUUGGCCUUGAGGUGGGCCCCAUACCCACGGACUACCACCUGGGUCACUGCUGGGACCACCACAGGGAGUGUCAUCCGUGCGACCCACAGCAGGCCCAGCCCCUCCCGGAACCAGCCUCACUCUGGGUGGGUCAGCGUCUGGAGCCCUGGCAUGGCCUCUGAAUGUCCUGCCACAGCCUGCUGGGCGGGAGGCAGCCACAGGGUCCUGGGCGGUACAGGGACCACAGACUCCAUCCGCAGCUCCCCACACUGGGGAAAUAAAGCCAUUUUAGAGGA